UGUUGACUGAUCUGAGAUCAGCUCUCACUCGAAACCACGCCCACUUAUUCAUUCGGCUUUCUGACGCUACCUUCGUGUGUUAUCGGAAUUAUGGUGCGUUCAAGUGACGUCGGAAAGAUCGUAAUUACGGGUUGAACGCACAUGAACGCCACUACGAAGUCGUAAUUAGGAGUGGGGAAACUCGGGAUUUUCUUUGAGCUCUGAGUUUCUGAGUUAGGGUGUUGUGGCAGUAAGAAAGUUUACGGUAAAUUUGUUGAAAUUGAAUGGGUAUUUAGCAGUGACAUGUCUUCGUCAGGGUUUUUUAUAUACAAUAAAAAAAAGCUAAUUGCCUGCACGAAAUACGAUAGCAUUAUAAAAUUACGAUAUAAUAUGUAACGAUAAAAUUUACAGCAGCUUUUAAAUUGAUUAAAAACAUACAACAGCAAAACACACCUGAUUCGCAUUUUUUGUUCUUCAUUUUCUAGAAGUAAAGUUUUAAAAACCUUGCUUUUUUUUUUUUCCCCAAAAAAAAAAAAAAAUUCCCAACUCGUAAACACGAAUUUACCAGGAGCACUUGAACGCACAGUAAUCCUACCGCCCACUACUGAAGCGGUAAUUACGACAAUGUCGCGUUCACAUGCUUUGUUGUCGGAAAGAAUACAUUUUUCUUUUUUCUUUUUUCUUCUUUUUUAUUUUACUUGUAUUUUGUCACCAUAACACAUAUUACUCAUUUAGCUAGCUUGCUGACGAUAAUGGAAUUUUGGUCAAAUACAAGCUAUUUUCAAGGUGUAAAAAUGUACAGAAAUGAAUUUAACCAAAACGGUAAGCGCUAACAAUUAGCUGCAUUUAGGGAAAAAAAAAUGAACAAAACCUGCCAUUCAGUACAGAAGCUGUCCUCUCCGCCAUGUUGAAAGUUUAGGACUCUUCCCAUCUCGGAAACUCAGGUAUUAAAAUUAUCUCCGAGUUUCCCAGUCGUAAUUAUGACCUGAAGGGUCAUUCGUGUGCAACUUCCUAAUGGGAAACUCGUAUUAACGUUAAUUUCCGGUAGCACGUGAAGGUAACAUUGCGUCAGGUCCAAACUUCUCUUUUCUGUUUCCAUGGUCACAACCUCCUGCAUGACAACAGCUGCGGUGUGGUCACGUGGGUGGCACAGGGUGGCAGCAGUCACCCUUUAAAUAAGCUUUGCCACCCCAGUUACCACCCCUAACUCAUUUUUUGUGUUAUAAGAACAACUUUAUAUCACAGAUUUUUUUUAAAAUGGCAAACAGUAGCUUUGAAGACCAGUUUCCACUGAUAGAAAGAAAAAAAUCAGGUUUGAUUUUAAUGACACUGUCACAGAAUGACUUUUUUCUUAGAAUCAGUGAACAAAUGUAGAUCAUUUUAAACAAAUUCCCUCAGUAUUAUAUACUAUUAGGCGAUUAAUAUGGUGGUGCCACCUCUUAGUGUGCCCUUGCCAUCCCUUAUCUAUAAAUUGGACACAAUGAAACACAAUGUUAAAGCACUGCAAUUAGCAUCAGUCACCUUGGCGCUCUUCAUCUAUUUAUACGAGAGCAAUUUCAUUUAGCACUGUAUAAUUGUCUAGACAUGGCCACAGCCCUGUCAGCAAUUAACCACAGAGUUAAGCUCACAGAGAAAGUGUCACUGAUCACCACGCCCUGACGUGACUGUGACAUUAACGUUAAGAUUUAAGAGAAUUUCAGGCCCACUGAAGUAUGAUGAUCAUUUGUCAGUUUUAUUUUAUUGCUGCCUUUUUUUUAUUUAAUAUCAUACUUCAGACAAAAUGUCAGAAUACAAGACUCACAUUCUAUUUGUAUUUUUAGAGGUUUUUAUGUCAGUGUUAGACUAGGAAAAGGUUUUAUAGACCCUGUGAAGGUUAAAUAAAAAUGUGGGGUAAUUUUAUAGACAUUUUAUAGCCAUAACUCAAAAUAAAAUAUGUAUAUUUUCCCAUCAUUUUGGCUUGACGGCACAACCAUACAAUUAUUAUUAUUAUUAUUAUUAUCAUUAUUAUUAUUAUUGUACUAGUUGUACCAUUUCCACAAAGCCACCUUGCAACACCAUAGGAACAAUGCACCAACAUCCUACCAACCACCAAAUGCCUAGAAACACCCUUUGCAACCACCUAUAGUACCAUAACAACAUCCUGCCAACCACCUGGGACAACAUAGCAACUGCAAUAAAACACCCUUUGCAACCACUUGGACUCUCAUAACAACUGCCAAGCAACACCAUAGCAACUACCUGGUACACCAUAGCAACUACCUGGAAUCUCAUAGCAACUGCCAAGCAACACCAUAGCAACUACCUGGUACACCAUAGCAACUACCUGGAAUCUCAUAGCAACUGCCAAGCAACACCAUAGCAACCACGUACAGUAGAUACAUCCUAGCAACUACCUGGAAUCUCACAGCAACUGCCAAGCAACACUCUAACACCUACCUGGUACACCAUAGCAACCAUCAAGGAACCACCAGGAAUCCCAUAGAAACCACGAAGCAUCACUCUAACAACCACCAGGUGCACCAUAUCAACUUCCUAGCAACAACCUAACAACCACCUGUGAUAACGUAUCAACUGCCUAGAAACACCUUAGUAACCACCUAGAAUGACAUAGCAACCACCUAGCAACACCCUAGCAACCAUCAUGCAUCACCCUAGCAGCUCGCUGGGCUACCUUAGCAAAUCCGACAGUGACACCUUAGCAACCAUAUGGAAUACCCUCGCAACCACCGAGCAUGCACGUAGUAUAACAUAGAAACCACCUACCGACACCCUUCACUGUAACUGGGACACGGUAACAAAAUUCACAGCAUCACAGCAACCACAAAGUAACACCAGAUGUAACCACCUGAGCUGACAUAGCAAUCACCUAGCAAUAACCUUUUAACCUUUAAACACAUUUUAACCUUUUAUCAUAUUGACCUUUAAAUAUAAUGCAUUUAAUGUUUGUAAUGUUUUAAUGUUAAUUUGUACACAUUUUUACAUUUUAAUGUUUAAAACAACCUUUACUCGUCUAGUUCAGUUCUAAUGACCGAGGUAGAUAUUAGCGGUUUAGCGUUCAUCAGCGAGAAUUUGAUUGCUGCAUCAUCGCAGUGGAUGGUUGUGGUGUAAACAGUACCACAGCAGGUUCAAACAGUCGUCUCAGUGAACACCUGCUUGCGUUGAUGAGCAGAGAAGCUUGUUUACUUCCAUCACUAGGCGACAGGUUUCCUCAUCUUACAGCUGGAUGAAUGUGUUCCUACAGUAUGAGCCACCAGGACAUGGUGCAGGGGGCGACAUGGAUGCAUAUUUGACUUGCCUUCUACUGUCUAUCAGACAUUAAAAUCAGACAUUAAGCAAUUUCGUGCACAGCGGGAUCUCUUUAGUGCUUGAAAUGGCCCUAGCAAGUGGACACUGGGUUGAAAAGGAGACUGAAGGAAUGCCACCCAGCCCGAGAGCUGGUCAUGCGGUUGCCGUGGCAGGAAAUAUCGCUUUCUUGCAUGGAGGUGUCUCAGAUAUGAACUCUGAGGAAGCACAGCCUGAGUAUUUCAAUGAUUUUUACAUGAUUACAGUUACCUCCUCCUCUAUAACUUGGGAGAUGAUGCCUCAGAAUGGAGUUGUACCGACUCCAAGAGAAGGCCACACACUUUGUGUUGUCAAAGGGAAACUGUACUUAUUUGGAGGCUCAUGCGAUCCUGAAGCAAACGAAUGUCUUCCAGGUGUCUAUUGUUUUGACAUUGUUACAUUGAGAUGGGAGAAGCUACACACUGGAGGCGUGGCGCUGAAGACUCUCAGACACAGCUCAGCAGCUUUAGGGGAUAAUAUCUACGUCUAUGGAGGAAUUCUGAAUGGAACGCCUACAGACGACCUUAUGAUGUUCAACACAGUGUCAAUGAUUUGGACACCUAUCAAGACAAGCGGGACUCCACCAUCUGCAAGAUAUAACCACACAUGUGCUGUAGUCAAUGAGCAGAUCUUCUUGUUUGGGGGAUGUGAAGCAGAUGGAUCCUACUACAAAGACAUUCAUGUCCUGAAUAUAGAGACCCUGAUGUGGCAGAAAAAUGAGGUAAAGGGCGAGUCGCCGCUCUCCUGUGCUGGUCAGACCUUCACAGCUCACCAUGACAAGGAUAUUUAUUUGUUUGGAGGGAUUAUCCAAAGCCCAGAUGGAAAAAAUUCAUCGACCAAUGAAAUUCACAAGCUGAGCCUGGCAAAGUUGAAAUGGAAGGUACCUCUGUAUGUGGGGAUUCCUCCGGCUAGACGUCACGGCCAUGCAGCCUUUAUUAUUCAUAGCCACAUGUAUGUGUUUGGAGGCAGAAAUGAAGAACAGGAAUUCAACGACUUGAAGAUAAUGAGGUUAAUCAACCCAUCAGAGAGACAGCCCGUCAUGAAGGAGAUCCUAUCUGAAUUUGGGCUUCAGGGUGUCAGUAAUAGCUUUGUGCCAACGAAGGUUCCAAACGUGAGGUAUGAGCUGAGUGAGACGCCGUUAUCCGUGAGGAUCGAGAGAAAAGAGGAAGCACAGGCGACAGCUUAUCAAGAUUUCGCCACAGUACGAGGUGAAGCAAUGACCCUGAUCCAUAAAGCUUUUGCCAUUUUAGAUGAGCAGUUCCGAAAAUUAGACAGAGAAAAGUCUGAUCUUUCAGAAGCAGUGGAAGCGCUGCGUUGUGAGAGACAGGCCAUCGAUGAAUAUCACCAGAAACAGAGCCAGGUGUGUCACAUUUAUUUGUGGCUCUGUCAUGGAUUUAUUUGCACAAGAUACACAGCUGAGGUCAGACAAUUGAGCCGAGCAUCUGAGGAAAAAGGCCUCAAACAGAUUGACCUAUUUCCCAAAACAGAUGUGUGUGGUUUGAUGCCUUUCGAAACAAUGUGCGUUUGUGGUUCUGGUUUGACAGGAACUUCAGGAAAUGCUAGAGAGACACAGACUUCAGAACGAGGCUUGGCUACGAGCUCGGGCUGAAGAGAAUGAUAAGGAGAGGAAGGAGCUGUGCAAACUCAGGGAGGAAGUGCUCCAUGAGCAGGAGAAGCUGAAAGAAGAGCAGUGCAACAUCCAAAAACGCAGCGAGCACCUCCUGUCCAUUAUGCAGCAGUUCAAAGGCAUGUGAAGACACUGUCUCUAUGGCAACCGGAAGGAGGGGAGAGGGGGCCGAGUUUUUUGUUUUCCAUCGCAAUUCUUCAAUGUCAAAGCGUGCUCGGCUCACGGGCCGCGUCGUCUAUAUGGACCAUUGCAGAAAUGCAUACGUGGAGAGUAUAUUUACAUAAUUACCAUUUAGCUUUUGUUCUGCAGAGAGACAGAUGGCAUUAUGUAACUAAAAAAAAAGCUAAUUUGACUAUAUAAGCAAGAAAAAUGCACAGACAUUUAGAACCGAGACCCAGAAGGAACGAAUUCCAGUAAAUAGAGAAAUUUGAAUUGAUUUUAAUUCAUAUUCUGUUGAAUAUAAAUUGAUUUAACCUUACAUACAAAGCUAUUGUCUCUUCUUUGUUGUUGUCCUUAUUGGACAAAAUAUAGAUAACACACACAUUUUAAAUAAUGUAAUGCUAUUAAUCUGAUAAUGUCAUGUCUGAACUUUAGGUAAAUGAAUGAUUAA